CGAGAGACUCCUCCUCGUCUCCUGUGUCAAACUUGACAUCAGCCUGUGAGCCGAGAAUGGUAACUUGUGUCGGAACAGAAGCCCUCACAUGAGUGGCAUGCUUCUUGGAGUUAUGUACUUUGCUUUACCCCCUGAAAUAUUAUCAUGGAUUGCAAACCCUUAAUACUUUGCCUUUUUCUCUUCACGUGUAUUUCGAGUGCAGAAUUCAUUAUUCAUCCGUCCAACGAAGUUAACCUGCUGGACUCCAAAGCAAGCCAAGGGGAGCUGGGUUGGAUAUCAUACCCAUCCCAUGGGUGGGAGGAAAUUAGCGGGGUGGAUGAGCACUACACGCCCAUCCGGACCUUCCAGGUGUGCAAUGUAAUGGAGUACGGCCAGAACAACUGGCUGAGAACCAACUGGAUUCCGAGGAAUUCUGCCCAGAAGAUCUAUGUGGAGCUCAAGUUUACCCUUAGGGACUGCAACAGUAUUCCCAUGGUCCUGACCUGCAAAGAGACAUUCAACUUGCACUACCUAGAGACAGAUGAGGACCAGGGUAGUAAUUUCCGCGAGCAUCAGUUCUCAAAAAUAGACACGAUUGCCGCGGACGAGAGCUUUACUCAGAUGGACCUGGGUGACCGUAUCCUCAAGUUGAACACGGAGGUGCGCGAGGUGGGACCGAUGACUAAAAAGGGCUUUUACCUGGCUUUCCAGGAUGUAGGAGCCUGCGUAGCACUGGUUUCCGUUCGAGUGUACUUUAAAAAAUGUCCUUUGACGGUGAGGAACCUGGCUAUGUUUCCUGACACAGUACCCACUGAAACUCAGUCACUGGUGGAGGUUAAAGGCUCCUGCGUCAACAAUUCCAAGGAAGAGGAAGCACCUAAAAUGUACUGCAGUGCCGAGGGAGAGUGGCUGGUGCCUAUCGGAAAAUGCCUGUGCAACGUAGGUUACGAAGAGAGAGGAGUCGUCUGCCAAGCCUGUCGUCCUGGCUUUUAUAAGUCCUCCUCUGGGAACGUCAAAUGCUCCAAGUGUCCUCCACACAGCUACGCACACCAGGAAGGCUCCGUGCACUGUGGCUGUGAGAAGAACUAUUUCCGUGCGGAAGAUGACCCCAUCUCGAUGGCCUGUACCCGACCUCCUUCUGCCCCAGGCAACGUGAUUUCAGUAAUCAAUGAGACGUCAGUGAUUCUAGAUUGGAACUGGCCGGCCGACAACGGAGGCAGGAAGGACAUGACAUUUAACGUGGUGUGUAAGCGAUGUUGGCCUGGUCCCAGGCGGUGCGAGCCAUGCAGAGGGGCUGUGCGGUUCCUGCCCCGUGCCAUUGGCCUCACUAACACAACGGUAACUGUGGCAGACCUCCUGGCACACACCAACUACACAUUUGAGAUCGAGGCACAAAAUGCGGUGUCCUAUCAGGCUCCUCUGCUCCGCCAAUACGCUGCAGUCACUAUUACGACCAACCAAGCAGCUCCAUCUGCGGUGACUAUAAUCAGGAAGGACAAAACAUCAAGAAACAGCAUCUCAUUGUCUUGGUUGGAGCCAGAGAGACCCAAUGGGAUCAUAUUGGACUAUGAAGUCAAGUACUAUGAGAAGCAGGAGCAAGAAACCAGCUACACCAUUCUGAGGUCAAAGGGAACGAACGUAACACUGAAUGGAUUAAAACCUGACACCAUGUACCUGCUGCAGAUCAGAGCUCGCACCGCCGCUGGUUACGGCCAUAGCAGUCGCAAAUUUGAGUUUGAGACCAGCCCAGACUCUUUUUCUAUCUCCAGUGAGAACAGUCAGGUUUUGCUGAUCGCUGUCUCGUCUGCUGUGGCCAUCAUCCUUCUCACUGUACUGAUCUACAUUGUGAUAAGCAGGUUCUGUAGGUAUAGCAAGUCUAAACAUCCGGAAGAAAAGAGACUGCCCUUUGGCAAUAGUCACUUAAGAUUGCCUGGAAUCAAACCCUACGUGGACCCACAUACUUACGAAGAUCCGUGCCAAGCCGUGCACGAAUUCGCCAAAGAGCUGGAAGCAUCUUCCAUCGCUAUCGACAAAGUAGUUGGGGCAGGGGAGUUUGGAGAGGUGUGCAGUGGCCGAUUGAAGCUACCAUCUAAGAAGGAGAUAUGUGUAGCCAUCAAGACGCUUAAAGCCGGAUACACGGAGAAACAAAGACGGGACUUCCUCAGUGAAGCAAGCAUCAUGGGACAGUUUGACCACCCCAACAUCAUCAGAUUGGAGGGUGUGGUCACACGCAGUAGACCUGUGAUGAUAGUGACAGAAUACAUGGAGAACGGCUCAUUGGACGGCUUCUUACGAAAACAUGAUGCCCAGUUCACAGUGAUUCAGCUGGUGGGCAUGCUGCGUGGCAUCGCAUCGGGUAUGAAGUAUCUAUCGGAUAUGGGUUACGUGCACAGAGACCUGGCCGCUCGCAACAUUCUGGUCAACAGCAACCUAGUGUGUAAAGUGUCCGACUUCGGCUUGUCCAGAGUGCUGGAGGACGACCCAGAAGCUGCAUAUACGACACGAGGUGGCAAGAUUCCAAUUCGAUGGACUGCGCCUGAGGCCAUUGCUUAUCGCAAGUUUACCUCAGCCAGUGAUGUAUGGAGCUAUGGGAUUGUGCUAUGGGAAGUCAUGUCUUAUGGAGAAAGACCUUACUGGGAAAUGUCCAAUCAGGAUGUUAUAAAAGCGGUGGAUGAAGGCUAUCGUCUCCCACCACCCAUGGAGUGUCCAGCCACCCUUUACCAGCUGAUGCUGGACUGCUGGCAGAAAGACCGGAACAAUCGGCCAAAAUUUGAGCAUAUAGUCAGCAUCCUCGACAAGCUCAUUCGCAACCCCAGUAGUCUCAAAAUCACAGCCAGCACGACUUCCAGGCCUGUGAACCUGCUUUUGGACAACAGCACUGAAUUCACUUCUUAUCAUACAAUGGGUGAUUGGCUGGAGAGUGCGAGAACGUUACCCUGUAAAGAAGCAUUUAGUGGGGUCAGCUACAGCUCCUGUGAUACACUGGCCAAAACCUCUGCAGAAAUCUGUAUGACUGAAAUCAGACCAGCAGCCACAUGUCCUGAAUGGGAGCCGUCCAUGGGAAUCACAACACUCUAAUACUUGUAGAUGGAUGGGACUUCAGGAAAGUUGGUGUGACGAUCGUUGGACCUCAAAAGAACAUUGUGAGCAGCCUAACAACACUUGAAACCCACAAAAAGAACGCUCCAGUUCCUGUUUAAAGAAAUGGGAGAGAUACUUAUAUGAGAUUGAUGCUGCUUUGGCUUUAAUGGACAGGAAAUAGAUUCAGGAAAAGAGGAAGGGGAAUGUUUGAAGAUGUGGACAGCAGAACAACCUUCCAGGAGAAUGAUCAUUUCUUCCUCUGCGUACAAGGUGCAAAACGACAAGCAUGUCCCCCAGUUAAUGACAUGUUGCCUUAUCCUGAGACAUAAAAUGGACAGUGGGCCUUGUGUUUAGGAAUCUAUGAUCCUGUCCGAUCUCCAUGCUCCAGUAGUAGGUGGAAGCCGGUCUGAUCCAAAUGGAUUUAACAAAGAAUGCUUCUUAACGUGUCAAUGGAGCAUCAAAAUGCCUUUAGGACAAACUUUGUAAAAUAAUCAGUCUUCCUUUUGGAAGGUAGCACUUCAGAGGCAAUAGCUUGAGCCCUAGAGUAUUAGCAGUGUCGGGGCAAAUGAAGAAAAGCAUAUAAAUACUAAUAAGAGCCUGCAGAAUUCUCUAAGGAUUUUCAGACUGCACUUGAGUUGGACGUCUCCGGGUGGACGUUUCACACUUCUAAUUUAGAAGCGGGGUUAGCACCGCAUUUUACCUGGGUUAAUAAAACCCUACUCUGAAGCAGGGUUAGCACCGCUUUUGCUGGGGUAACCCCGCAAUGCGGUGCCAAACAUGUGCAGUAUGAAAUAAACAUUCUAACCAGAAUAUUACUACCAGAUGCUUGCACUAAAGAAAAUGCUGGGUUAUUUUCAACUCGGCAUUGGGUCAAAAGGUUAAUUUAACCUAUGCUGGGAUGUUUUAACCCAUUGUUGGGUCAAAUAUAAAAAUUUUCUAUACAAGUUAAUUUAAAGUGCACCUAUUUUAUUGCUAAAAAACAACUUAUUUUGUGUAUUUGGUAUAGUACAAUGUGUUUGCAUGGUUUAUGGUUAAAAACACAUUAUUUUCAACAUUCAACAUUUUUGUAGCUCCAGAUUUCACCCUCUUCCUGAAAUGCACGGAUUUGAAAAGCACUGUGUCCCUGAUUGGCCAGCUAAUCUUUACAUUGUGAUUGGCCUGAAUACCUCUGACGUCAGCCGGAAAUGUGACGCUUCUUACCAUGUUUGAAAGAUUCGGACACAAUGCAAUGCUAUGGAGUUAACUCUUUCACCGCCAGCGUUUUAAAAAAAAAGUUGCCAGCCAGCGCCAGCGUUUUUCAUGAUUUUCACAAAAGUUUAAUGUCUUCCAGAAAAUGUUCUUCUUCAAAUACAUAAACAUACAAUAUACCAAAUGAAAGAACAGACCCUCUGCUUUCAAACAAAAAAAUGUUUCAUCCUACCUUCAGUGGUUCUUUUGUAAUCAGCUUUUGAAUAUGGGUAGGUUUCUGCAAAAACACCACAUUUUGAGCAAAAAGCAGAGAUAAUUCCAUUUUUGUGACGGAUUUUUCAUAGAGAUCCCAUUCAGAGCGAUCUUUAAAACAGACACGGACAUGCAGCAGCUUGCCAUAGGGCAAUACUUCCGGGUUUAAAAAGUUGCGGAAGUGGAUAAAGUUACCUAGUGGAUAAUAGCGGUAUUGCGGAAAGACGGAAAAACUCGUCAUUGGUGGGGAAGUGUUUUCUCUUGAUUGACGAGAUAUCAUGUCAAUGGCGGGGAAAGAGUUAAUUUACAGGCUGUGAGUCUAAAGCGGGAGGAAUUAUGAUAAUGUCGGUCUUGUCUAUGUCAGCAAUGUCAGGAAGUAAACUGUACCUUUUGCAUAUCGUGAACGUACUAAUACACACUUACACACCAAAGGAAAUGUAAAAUCGUGAAUCAGACAAUAGGUGCCCUUUAAUUUAACCCAAAUUUGUCCCUUUUUGACCCAAGCUGGGAUAAAAAUAACCCAGCAUUUUUUUUUAAGUAUAGCAACAGAUACUAAAAAACUGAACAGUGCAUACCUCAUAUCAUGUGUCAGUGUUUGAGGGAAUAGCAAAAAAAUUAUGUGACUGAAACAGUGACAGAAAUCAGCUGAAUUGUACUAUAAAACGGUCUCAGGAGGGAUGUCCCGAGUAUAACUUCAGUUAUAUAAAGUGAUCACACACUGUAUUCAUCCAAUCAUGACUGUUGACACCUAAAAUAUGCAAAUUAGAAUGUUGAUCAAGGGUAUAUAUAGUUCAUAUACUGUGUGAAACAUCAGAUUAUGAAUACCCCUGGUUAUCUCUUAACCCAUGGUAAAGAACUGUAUGAACAGUGUGAAAUAUGAAUCGGAUAAUCUGGGCUACUGUGGGGUUUAGAAUAACCUAAGGGUCAACUAUUUUAAGUGUGAAAUGCCCUUCUGAGGAAGAGCAGGAGAAUUUAUUUUUGUGGACGUACAGCUGAUUACUGUUAAAGCAAUCUGGCAAUGCUUCAAUACAGAGAGACAUUCUCUAGAAUCAGGGACAGGAAGAUACUGUAGGUAAUCCCUAUUUAAAAGUUUUUUUUAAAUGCAUCCCAUAACAUAUGUUUGUUUGUUUGUACCAUUGUGUUUAAAUAAUAUAUAAAUCCAUUAUCAAAGAAAACACCAAUCAUUUGAAAGAAUGUUUACUACAAUCUGUAGCUCUCAGUAUCAUAAUGUAUUGAACAUAGUGGUAGCAUCACAUUAUUAUAAUACACUUCACUUGGAUUAGCAGCGGUGUGCUGAUCUCUGAAAUAAAGUCUCACAUACGGCAAAUAGCAUUGAAGGACAUGGACUAUGAUCUAAAAUGAAAUACUGCACCAAUGAAUUAUGCAAUGAUAAACCUUUAAAAUGGUGUUCAAUUAUUGUCACAUCUUCUCACUGCGUUUGUCUUGUGCACUGCAGAAACUUUAAUUUACGUCUAAUUUGAUGUUUGUUUGACAUUUAGAAAAUGGCAAAUUUACUUGAGAAGAAAAGUUGUAACUUUUUAUUUUUUCUUACCCCAUUUGCCCCUUUUCUAUACUAAAUUUGAUAAGGUUUUUGCAAUGUGACAUCAUCAUCCAAGUGGCAUUGCAGUUACGACCUUGGAAAUGAUCUUUUUUUGUAUUUUUAAUCUGUGUGCACAAAUAAUGAGUCAAAAAUCAUGGCUAAUUAUUUCAGACUCAUUCUGAAACUCAAAUAGAAAUAAUUAAAUUAAGCAGAUUGGAUACAAUAUAUUAUUCAGUGAAACUGCACAUGUUAGGAAAUGUCAUCUGGUGUCCCAUGUAGGAAAUAUGCAUACUGCAGAAAGAGUUUAGUAUGCUAGUAUGCAGUUUCAAACAUUGCUAUAUUCUCUGUCAUUUCAGGCGGUCCAUUUUAAGAUCAAAGCAUACUAUGUGGUGUGGAGGGUCAGUUGAUUUAAUAUCAUGGUAGAUAUUCAGGGCACACACCCAUCAUUACUCAAAAAGCUGUAGAUCAUUUAUUUAUAUAGGACUGAUUAUUGUUACUCAAUUAUUACACUACGCAACAUUAGCGAAUUACUCCAUAGUCCACUUCCACUUAACCCGCCUGUAAAUGUUGCUUUUCCCCUGCUGUUAACAUGUACAUACUGUAUGUGCACCAAGGUACGGUGAAAGCAAUGCUCUUUAAAGGUACUAUCAUUUACUUGGCCAUCCCUUUGUACAAAUGUCUGUAUGUAUGUAUAAAAGAAUGAACAAAAUAUUUGUGCAACUUUUAUGAACCUCUCCUUUGUAUUAUAUUUUGUUAUUUUGUAUUAUAUUUGUUUUACAUAAAGCAAUUAUAAUAACUUAUUUAUUUCCUAACAGACCAUACGCAGUGCAGAUGUUUUUUUUUUCUAGUGUUUAGUAAGUUAUGACAUGGUUAUGUUCCAACCUUAUCAGUGUUUUUUUUUUUUUCUAAAUAUGGUGUUUUGAAGAGCAAUACAGUUUUGCGCCCUGUUUGUCUUGUUUAGACUGAUGUGUGUGUAUGUGUAUGAGUGUGUAGAAGCCUUGUCUACUAAUAUAAAAUGAUUUGUAGUGGAAACAUUUAUAUUUUUAUAAUAAACAUUCUCAAAAUAUUUUCUAAAGAAUGAAUGCUA